UUCGCCAAACCAGCCCUACCCAGCUCGGCGUUUGAUGACAACAAGCGCUCCUCUGGAAAAAUACGUUUUUCCACCUUUCUUUCGGCUUGAAUUAUUUUGAUUUCGCUCGAAAACUGAUCAAAUUCCUCACUCAUAAUGAGCGACAACGCGAGCAGCAACAAGCAAGAGUACCCGAAGGCCUCAGAUUCCAUGGUGUACGGCGGACUGUUGGCCUACUUUGCCGGACUUUUGCUGCUCAUCGCUUUCGCCAGUCCGUACUGGCUCGAGAGUUUCGAUGAAACGUUCAGCUCGUUCAAAAACAUGGGCCUCUGGGAAUAUUGUUUCGACCAAUUCCGAUUCCCCAACUACCAGUUCGACCACCUCUUUGACGGAUGCAACUGGAUUUUCAGUCAGGAGCUUUACCUCAUCAGAGAGUGGCUUGUGCCUGGAUGGUUGAUGGUCGUCCAGACCUGUGUGACCCUGGCGUUGAUCAUCUCCCUGUUCGCCCAAAUCAUGAUUGCCGCAAUUGUCUGUCGCUACCCUCUGCGUCUUGUUCUUGAAUACGAAUGGCUGCUUUCGGGAAUCUGCUUCAUUUGCCAAGUGGCCAGUGGGUUUUUCCUGUUCUUGGCCGUUUGCAUUUUCGGAGGAGAGGCGUAUCGCAGGGACUGGAUGAUGUACCCGCAGUACAACUUCAUUUCCUGGUCCUACGGCCUCUGCGUCUGCUCCAUGUUCUUCCACCUCUUUUCGGCAGCAGCUAUUUACUUUGACACCCGAAACCUGUACGAGAACCGAGAGCAGUCGAACAGCCUAGUGAUGCAAAUGUACCCAACCCAGAGGGCCCACAUUGGCCACAUGGGCGUGCCUUUGUACCCCUCUCAGAGUAGCCACGGUGGCUACUUGUAAUUCACUCUAGUUACUAUGGUAGAAAAACAAGAAUCUCUAGGACCAUACUAAAGGCUUUUAAAAAAUUGAACUUCUCGGAAUUUGGUCCGAUAUCGUGUAAUUAGGUGAAGCAUUCCAACAUUUUUUAAACCAAUGAUCCUCAAAGUUACUACGACGAAAAGGAUCCGUCCAUUUACUGUUGAACUUUUAACAUUAAUUAAUUCCAUUUUAAUUUUAGUUCGCUCUUUCGCACACAUUUUAAGUAUUAUGAUUUCCAAUUGAAUUGGCAGCUCAAAUUACUCUGAAUUUAUAUAAUUUUGGAAGAUUUUCAAGAAAAUCAAAAUACGAGCAGCACUUUUGUGCUGUUUUUUUGUUAAAUUGGUAUAAAAAAAUAUAGAUUUGUUAAGAAAUGUUUUAAAUAAGACCGGAUUUCUAUAAAAAGUAGGACAAACACUGUAUAAUAGACUGCAUUUUGCCUUUGAAGUAGAUUGAAAUUAGUUUUCCUUCCGAAUUUCCAUAUCAGCUGAUACGUUUGCAGAGAUUUAGGUAGGGCACGCAUGUGCCUGCCAAGAGUGCGUAAUCGUGCACAAAAUUGAAUGUAAAUAUACUAGUGCCUCAUGAAUUUUUCAUGUGUUUGGAGAAGCCUAGGCUUUCUUUGUGAAACAGGGUUUGCAAGACUUGAAAUGUAUAGACCACGAAAAGCAAGGGGUGAAAUAAUUUCUCGCACUGAUAACAUCCCCGCACCGCGGCCUUGACUUUUAUUAUAUUCCAGCAAUAAUGAAUUAGGCUUGCAAAUGCGACCAAAAUUAUAAUGUACAAGAAACGCGCAGGCUAAUAGCGUGCGUAUUAUGGAAUACACGAAGGAAAAAAGCUCGACCUUGUGAUUUGGCCAGCAGAGUGUGUAUUAUAUAUUUUACUCGGGAAAAUUACCAACAAUAAAAAAUGACGUAAAAUUCUUAUCAGG